GCCUGGGGCCCGCGGGCUGCUGCUGCCGCCGCUGCUGCUGCUGCUGCUGGCCGGGCGCGCCGCGGGGGCCCAGCGCUGGCGCAGUGAGAACUUUGAGCGGCCCGUGGACCUGGAAGGCUCCGGGGAUGACGACUCCUUUCCCGAGGAUGAACUGGAUGACCUCUACUCUGGGUCAGGCUCAGGCUACUUUGAGCAGGAGUCGGGCAUCGAGACUGCUAUGAGAUUCAGCCCUGAAGUAGCUCUGGCCGUGUCCACCACCCCUGCAGUGCUGCCCACCACAGAUAUCCGGCCCGUAGGCACCCCUUUUGAAGAGCUCCCCUCGGAGAGUCCCACCCCAGAGCCUGUCACCAGUCCCCCAGUGGUGACAGAGAUUCCAGAAGAGCCCAGCCAGAGAGUCACCACUGUCUCCACCACCAUGGCAACCACCACUGCCACCACAGGGGCCCCGACCAUGGCCACAGCACCUGCCACAACGGCCACUGCCAUCCCCAGCACCCCUGCGGAACCCCCUUCCACGGCUACCACUGCUGUCAUAAGGACCACUGGCGCAAGGAGGCUUGUGCCUCUUCCACUGACCACAGCUGCCACAGCCCCGGCCACUACCCCUGCGGCCCCCUCAGCCCCCACCACUGUGGCUGUCUUGGACACGGAGGCCCCAACACCCAGGCUGGUCAGCACAGCUACCUCCCGGCCAAGGGCCCUUCCCAGGCCAGCUACCACCCAGGAGCCCGAUGUCCCUGAGAGGAGCACCUUGCCCCUGGGGACCACAGCCCCUGGACCCACUGAGGUGGCUCAGACACCAACUCCAGAGUCCCUCCUGACCACAGUCCGGGAUGAGCCAGAGGUGCCAGUGAGUGGGGGACCCAGCGGGGACUUUGAGCUGCCAGAGGAAGAGACCACACAGCCAGACACAGCCAAUGAGGUGGUGGCUGUGGGAGGGGCUGCAGCCAAGCCAUCUCCUCCAUCUGAAACACUGCCCAAAGGCGCCCACCCAGGCCCUGGCCUCCUGGACAAUGCCAUCGACUCGGGCAGCUCAGCUGCCCAGCUGCCCCAGAAGAGCAUCUUGGAGCGGAAGGAGGUGCUUGUAGCUGUGAUUGUGGGCGGGGUGGUGGGCGCCCUCUUUGCCGCCUUCCUUGUCACACUGCUCGUCUACCGAAUGAAGAAGAAGGAUGAAGGCAGCUACACCCUGGAGGAGCCCAAGCAGGCGAGUGUCACAUACCAGAAGCCUGACAAGCAGGAAGAAUUCUAUGCCUAGUGGAGCCUCAGUGCCUCCCUGCAGCCUCAGCCACCCUCACCCAGUUCCAGCCCAGCCUCACUGGCCCAGGCCUGGGACUGGGCCUGGCCCAGUUCUUCUCUGCCCUUCCUCCGUGGCCUACCAGCCUCAUGCAUUGCCCCCUGAGGAACAGGGGGUGCGGCUGGCUGCCCCGGACUGUGCCCUUACGAGCUCAUCUCUUGUCUCCCACCAGCCUGGGGCUCUGGGCCCUUACAUCAGUGGACAGGAGAAAGGAAGCUCCUGAUUGGCUGGUGGGAGAAGGGGAAGAGAUGGAGCCUGAGAUGGGCUGAGCCUCUGUGAAAUCCCAAAGGGCUGGCUCAGUCUCCUUUCUGGGUCAGAGAGGCCUGCAGGCUGGCUUCCAGGACCAACACAUGGCAAACUCAGCCCUUGAAAUCACCUAGACGAUGAAGCCUCAUUCCUGUCACAGGGCCUCUCUUUGCCUGGGUGAGAGGAUGUCCUUUGUCACCAGCCUGUUUUGUCCUGGCCUCCUGGGGGUUGUGGGACUGUUCUCCCCUCUCCUCUGCCCAGUGCACCUGUGCCCCAGGCUUUCCUUCCCCUCCACCAAGGACAUGGCUUCCUGAGAGUAUCAGGGCAGCCACCAGUGAGGACGGCCACCUGACAUACCUCCUUUGAGCGGGCUCUACACUGACACCACUCCUCAUUCUGUUAUACAUAUUGUCACUUGGUCAUAUAUGAGACAAAAUAGAGCAAUGACAGAAGCAUAUCCAGUGCUGACCACCUAACCCAUCCAGACAUGUCUCAGAUGUGUCUUCCAAAGAUGUGUGUCUUCAGGUGUUGCUUAACCAACUCUCCAGACAUCUCUGCAAUGCGAGUCACUAGUCGCAGCCACCUGAAUUGUGACAGGGUGGUUUGCUGCUCUGUCACCCCUCCGCAAAUUGACACACACUGCCACCUCAUCAUCAUAUUGAGCUCUUUCAGGCUCAUCGGAGAAGGCAGAAUUAUGUUGAACAGUCAGCCCAUAUUGGGUCUCAGUUGCCCUGCUAGCACUUGGUCCCACAUCAAGGUGCCCGCACCAGCCACAUUGCCACCCAUCCCGGCCUCGGUCAACAUGGCCCCAUGUGGGUACACAGCCCACACAACCCUGCACCCACCAGGGGAAGACCAGGGCACUUGCCUUUCCUGAAAUAAAGUGUGGUGUAGGGGGACAUUGCCACCAGCCCUCCCACGGCUUUGCACACCGAAAGGCCUGGCCUCACCCCUGGCUGCUUCCUGUCCCUGUCCCUCCGUGCCCACAAAGGGAGAAGUUCAGGGCCAGCCCCUACCCACUGAGAGCCCUGGGACUUUCUCCAAGACUGGAGAAAGGUGGGGUUGUGCCCUCCCAUUUGUCCCCAGACUGUGGGGGUUGCUUGGCACUCCCUGGACUAAAGGCCCUGCGUAGGGAGGGGCGAGUGGUCUGUCUCCUGUCUCCUGCAUCCUUUUCCUGCUGAGUUAGGGAGCUGAUCCUGCCUCCCAGGACACAAGUUUCCAAAGUGCCUGUGAGGGCUGGCCCUCUGCCUGGGCCCUCUGCAUCUGCAGCCCCCCACCCAGGCGUCUCCGGGGACGCAUGCCCACCCAUCUGACCCAACAAGUCUGCAGUUCUGGCUGCUGCGGUUGCAUGGGCCUAAUGCUGGAAGCAGCCCAUCCAGAUGCCCCAGGCCACAAGGGCAGAUAACUGAGAAACGAAAACAGCAAGGGGGUUGUGUCACAGGGCCCAAGCCUUCAUUCCUCUUUAUUAUUCUAGAGAGUGGGGCCAUUUUAUAGGUAUUUUAAAUAAGAGUCGCCAGUCUCCUUUUGGAAAGGGUGGCCUGGUGGGGGCUCCUGGAGCCGGGGGGACGUGGUGUAAAUUGUGACUAGUUGGCCCUCCCACCCCCACCUGUGACCCACAGCCCACAUCCAAGUCAGGAGCCUACCCCAGUUUUAUUUCUGUUUCCUUUUGAAGAUUCCCUGGCAGUGGACCUCUGCAGGGGAGGGGCAGGGUGCUGAGGCAGCAAGAGCCACGCUCGGAUCCUUGCCCACCUCAAAGCCCACCUUGUUGGGGCCUAGUUGUGUGAGGAACCAGCUGGCCAGAGCCUUUGAGGAAGGCCCGGGAGGGGAGGAGGCCCUGGCCCACAGGCCUUGGUGAGGGGGCUGGGCCUCCAUGGGCCCUGCGAACCCAGCCUCCCCUCCAUGGGUCCCUGGUAGGCUGCUGUCUCGGAUGGCAGCUCUGGUGAGAAGGCCUGGGCAGGCCAAGGCUGAGAAACCAGGGAGUGUGAAGGAGGCAGUGCUGGGCAGCCAGCCCUCAGGGAUGGUACCAGGGCAAAGGACCAGCAGUGGGCACAACUUCCAUGUUUGCCUGGAGGCCAGCAUGGGGUGGCCUUGGCUGGCCUGACUUCCUGUAGCGCAAGUGCUGACUUUGGACUUGGCCUCCUGGCACUGGCCCUCUUCUGUGUCCCUAGUCCUUGAGAGAGGUCAAGGGCCUUGUGCAUGGAGCCUUGGACCCAUGGCCAAGGCCCAGGCUUUAUAUUCAUGGAGUUCAAUGGUCUGCCUGGGCCAAGUCCUUCAGGCCAGUCAUUGAGUGGGGCAGGGAGCAGGGCAAUCAAAGAGCCCAGCCAAGGGCGAGCUGGAGCUCUCUACAGUGCAAUGGGGGUGUGGGGCCUGCCCCCACCCCAGGUACGGUGUGAAGUGUGCAGGGCCAGCCAGGUGGGCCCAUAGACACCAUAGUGCUCCUGGUAGGGUGUCCUGCGGGCCCUGGCAUUUCCUGAGAGCACAGCACAUUCCAAAGGAGAGGGAGCUUGUGUGGCUUGAGAACUCUCCUGGGCUUUGCCCACUGGAGGGCAAGGCAGGCUGAGCCGAGCUGGGGCAGGACUGGCCCCGGCUGUGCUGACUAGAGCCCAAAUUCGGUCUCUAGGUGGCCAGAGCCCUUGGGACUUCACCUGAAAAGCUGGUCCCCUCUAUCACUGGAAGAAUGUGGGCAGCAAAUGGGCCGCACAGGCUUGUGGCAGGGGCCUGGGGAGCUCAGGCCAGACCCUUGGGGUUGGCAAAGCCGCCUAUUAGGCCAGACUGGGAGUAGAGCCACCUUGGCCUCCCAGGCAGGAGUGGCCUUGGCUGUCCUGGCUUUCUUCUGUCAGUUGCGGCCUUGGCCUUGCCUCCCCGUGCCUCUAGUCUGUAAAUAGAAGCCUGCAAACUGUACAGAUUUAGAGAGGCCGAGACUGCGCCUGGAAGUCACCAUCGCAGGGCUGAAGGCCCAGCAUCCCCCAGGUGCCUACCUGGCCCCAGCGUGACGAAUGCAUGUAAAUAUUUCUCGUAGGCAGCGUGGCUCCAGAGAGCCCCUAAAGACAGUGUUCCCCCUCUGGUAAGUCCUUUCUUCUGUACAGAGCCCUCCCAGACCCCGGCCAGCAGUGGGGAGGAGCUCGUCCUUUCCUGUCCCUGGCCUUCCCUGCUCUCCCCCCCACCCCCAUGACCUCUUUAUUAACCACCCCUGUCCUGAGUUCAUGGCCAAAACUUUUAAUAAGGAGAAGUGGAGGAAAGACAGUGGAUACGGUGACCAAGGCACUGCCUGCUGCAGGUGUGUGCCUGGCCCAGCCUGGGGAAGGAACUGGUUUUGUUUUGUUUUUUUGUUUGAGUUUUGUUUUUAACAUUUCCCGUGCUGUG